CAUAUCUCUUACCAAGAGAAAUUUACAAAGAGCAAAGAACUUCCUCCUCCGCAACUCAAUGGGCGAUCUCUGUCAUCAAUAAGGUGUCGCAAUCAGUGGAGCGCUUGCAUUCGUAAUUGGUUAGUGAACAGUACAGAUGAGCACAACAUAUGUUGCAACCAGGCUUCUUCAUCGUUGUCUCAGUAUCAUCUCAAAAUGAACAAAACGUCUUCGUCGUCUUCUGCUAGUGUCAGCCGACGAAACGAUACAAAUGAUGCAUAUGAUCGCACUCAGGGGGAAGGCAUUGCACUGUGCAGCGCUUUAACGCUAACAUCUAUUCUAGUUGUCAUGGGAAACUUACUCACCAUAGUUAUUUUUUCGAAGAACAAAAAUAUUCGCAAGAAAUAUUUGUUUCUAGUCGUCAAUAUGGCGUUUGCUGAUCUGUUCCUAGGAGCUUUUAGUUUACCAGUAUACAUUUACGAUGUCGGGUAUGAGUUCCACCUAUGGACCAUGUUCGUUGGAAACUUAUGGACCGACAAGCCUAUCUUAAUUCCCUACAUGAUCAUUGACACAGCUUUCUCGCAGGCUUCUCUUAUUUCUGCAGUGUUCAUAACGUGUGAAAGAUUUUACGCCAUACGUUGGCCUUUUAAGCAUCGAAUAUUAUCGACACAAGCAUAUCGCAUAGCUAUUUUCCUAGUGUGGGUACUAGCUUUCCUUAUUUCCGCAAUCUGGACCGGUUCAAACCUACUAUUUUCUUACAAGCACACUAUGUUAAUUUGGGGGCCAUACACUUUGUUUUUCAUUUUAAUCACAUGUGGCUGUAACAUUGGUAUUUGGAAAAAGUUUCAAACUGAAAGAGUCGCCGCUUCACAUCAAGAAAGUCGAGACUUACAAAACAAGCGCUUAACAAAGACUUUGUUAAUUGUAUCUGGCCUUACUUUACUCGCUUGGCUUCCGCUAGUUUUGUUAAACUUACUCAUGUAUGUAUGGUUUUUCCAUGUACCAAAACGAUUUUAUCAUGCGGUAAACCUUUUCAACUACUUCAACUCUUUUGUCAAUCCAAUUUUUUACGCAUUAAGAAUUGCUGAGUUUCGACGAGCACUGGCUUUAUGUUGUACAGGAAGACAUGUGCAAGCAGCUGUAAACACAGAGCUUUCUAAAAGAAGGAAAGAGAGGCACAGAACGACCGCUGAGUUUAGUUGUGAAGUGGCUUUCGAACAGGAUGUUAUGGAUACUGAGUUUAGUCGUGAACUGGCUUUCGAACAAAGUGUUAUGGAGUUUAGUCCUGAACUGGCUUUCGAACAG